AUGUCUGAAGAAUCGAUUCAGCAAUCAUCACAACACUCACAACAACAACAACCUGUUCCUCCAUCCGCUGUUUCUUCUUCAACCACUAGUAAGACAAACCGUAACAACAACAACAACAAUUCCAACUCUCAUGGUGCUUUUUCCACUCGUACAACCUCAGCGAAUAACACCAUGGAGCAAUACAGCGAUUGGGUAAUGAUGCAACUGAACAGCAAAUCUCAAAAGCCGCCUUCUCUUUCUUCGCAAGCCAUGAUGAUGAGGACAAUGAGGCUCUCCGGACAUGCUCCAACACAACAACCUCAACAACUUGUUGGCGAAUCCAAAGAAGGUGUUUCUCGUACUACUACAUGUAAUUUGAACACGAAUAAUUAUUCCAUCCACAUGAAUAACAUCAUGAUGAACAUGCCAAAUAUGACUAGUGCUGGUUCUAAUUCUGGUGUUUACAGACCACUCGACUCACAUGCAUCAUCGCAUGAGCAACAAGAAAUUCAUGAUGAUCAUGCAUUGAAACACCACGAGUCUCUCUUACAAUUAUUAACGACCAACCCAAUUAUGAAACAGCAAGUAGCACAUUCCGAAAGAAGAAAUCAAAACAACUUGUUCGUUCAACAACCUCAACUCGCUCGGCAUCCCCAUCAAGUGUCCCUCACCUCUUCGCCACCAACCCACCCAACUCCCGAAACAAAGUCUGAAACAGGGGUACGACCAUUUCAAGUGGCCACUCCUUCCCAUGCCUUUUUCUCGUCUUCUCCAAUUCCAACUAGGCUUCUUCUUCUUCAACAACAACAACAACCUUCUUCUUCUUCCCAAUCAACCUAUUCGUAUCAAGUACCAGCCAUGUCAGAACAACAACAAGCAGCUCCAAAAGAAACCAAUUCAUCAUUACAAGUUGCUUCAUUUUCUUCUACCGCAUUGUACAACAUGAUUAAUCCGAAUACCAUUGAAAACAACAAUUCAGGUCUUCAUCCUCAAGAAAGACUCUUCUUUGGAGAGCCUUCGAUAGUAAACAUUCUAUCAUGCGAAACCUCUCAUGCAGGAAAUAGUAUCAACAAUACUUCAACUACGCGUGCAUGUGAAUCCUCAGCACAUCAUCCACACGCGGAAGCAGUAGAUAUGCCUAACACCACCAUGCAUGUGGCACAACAACAACCAGCUUCAUUAUCAAGCAUGCAACAACAACCCACUCCACAAGUUGCCACACCUCUCUCAGCAAUCACAACAUCAAUGUACGGAAUACAUGCAUUAGAAAAAACAUCAUCUCCGACAACAUGCAUGACUGAUGAGAGGAGUCCAUCACUACCAACAUCAUCCAACACAUCUUUGAAAAUGUCUGAAGCAACCAGUACAUCAUCGACAUCCAAUACAACAUCUACUACAUCUGCCACUUUCACUCCUACACUCAUGAACAAUGCAUGCAUUUUCUGUAAAUUGAAUCACAAAAAGUGUGACAAAGUGGCAUAUCCUCCUGGUUGUUCUAAUUGUGUCAAAUCUCAAAAACAAUGUGUUUAUUCACAGGCAAGAAAGAGAGGUCCAAAAACUAGUCAACCACCCAUCCAUCCCAUCACCGGAGCUGUUCAAUAUCAAUUUAUAGAUCAUACUCUUUCCAAUACAGUAGGCUCAUCCAACAAACGAAAAUCUAAAACCACAAAUGCAUCUACUGGAAAGCAAGCACAUGCAACGACCACCUCUUCUUCAUCUUCAGACUCACUCCAAAAUAAUGCAGUAAGCGGAACGAGUACUGUAGUAGUAAUGGCUGAACCGUCACACUCUUCGUCUUCUUCACCGUCUCCUGCAUUGUUGUGUGAAAGCAAUUCGGCACAUUCAACGACAGCCACUACAAACAUGACGGCAACAACAUCCGCUUCUGCUACAAACUCCGCAGCAAUGAGAUACUUUACCGAAAGAUCCUAUCUCAAUAAUCUUGAGCUCGUCGAAUUGGAGAGAAAAUUAUUUAGUAACAUUUCAGAAAGUAUUUAUCGCAAAAUGGCACUUUCCUUAAUUCCGCCCUGUAAGGAUUCUGCAUUUCUCAAAUAUUGGAUUUCUGUGUCAAUAUCUGGACAAAAAAGUAAUAUUACAGAUUCUGAUAUCAGAAAUAUUGAUUUGAGCCAACCAUUAGGUAAUUCUCAUCUCGCCAUUCUCUUUUUAAUUCAUGCUUUGGUUUUUUCCAGGGUGGGUCGAAAAAACCAUUCCAAAGCAAUGUAUGAAAAAGCUCGUGAAUACUUGUCGAGAUGUUUUGAUCAAAUUGGAGAUGUAUUGUGUGCCUAUAGUUUAAUGUCGUAUUACAUGUUAGGAAUUAUUGACUGUUCAAAAACCCUUAAACCCGAACAUGGAAGUGCGAGUGGUUCAGAAAUUUCAUUGUGUAAGAAGGAAGAAUUGGAGAUGCAACCAACCAUCAUGAUGAUCCAUCCGCCACAGUCAUCGGUAUCGUCGUCUUUGACAAGUCUUUCUUCCUUUCCUUCAUCUGCAACAACAACAACAACACCCACAUCCUUGAAUCCUUCAGGCAAUGAAACAUGUAUGGGACAAUGUUUACUUCGUGCCAAGUAUUUUCAUUACAUGUGUGAAACUUUUUUGAAUGCAAUCAUGAUUGAGGAUGAUGGGAAGGAACAAGCAUGUUCUGUGCAUGCUCAUGGUAUCACAACUGCUAGUAGUACUAUUGGAAAUAAUCAGACACCUGUCACAGUGUCAGCUCCCCACAUGCAACAAGCCACUCGUGAGUAUAUUCAACAAGGUCUUGCCAUGACUCGAGCGUUUUUCAUUCCUGAGAAUUUGGAUUCUCAUAUUCGAAACGUAUUGAAUUCUCCACAAAACAAAAUUAAUUAUCCAUUUAUGGAUCUUGUGGAUGAGAGUAGCUACUUGGAAUUUCAAAUUUUGCAACAUGUGAAUAUACUUAAUGGAGUGGUGAGGAAUAUUGCUAGACGUCACAUAAUGCGUGGCGAUGGAAUUGAGAAUUCUCAAAAUGGCAUUCCCAAGACAAUCUCUACUUCAUCAAUUUCCACAAAGAGUGGCAAUGCAACUAGUUAUUUGCAAGGAACUCAAACGAUUGCUGAAAGUAUAACUCCCCCUUUGCAGUCAGUACCUCAAUCUUCACCCAUCGAAAAUAGACCCAUUAUUCAAUUGGAUACUCACGAUUCGACCGAUCUUCUGGUUCAAAAAUUGGAUAUUUUGAUCAAAUAUUUAAAACAUGUGGUGGGUGAAGAACAUUGUUUCCAUAUCAUUUUACAAAGUUUGGGAUUGAAAGCAUUAAUUCUAUUCAGACAUCGCAAAUUUGUCGAUUCCACGCUCUCCCUUCAAUUGAUGAGCGUGGUCAAUGAAAUAACGAACAUGACCAAAGACAAUCAAUUCAAAUUUGCAAAUAUUAAUGCAGUAUUUCCAGUAGAAAUUGCCACGAAAAUCCAUUGUGAUGCCCUUCAUGGACUAGUGAUUGAAUCUUCGAUUAAUUUAAUGCUUGAAUAUGUGGAAAAUUUGUAUCAGCAAUUGAGUCAGGACUAUAUGAAUUUAUUGUUGAUUUGUGAAAAAGCAUCCUUACUCAAGUUUAGAUAUUCACAUUUAUUGGAACAUGCACAUGUAUGUAUGGAAUCGUAUGAGCGGUUGAAAAGAACAAAUCCUGAACGAUUUAUAUCAAGUGCUGCUUUUGUUUCAAAACGGUGA